AUGGAGCUCAACCCAGAGCUCGCCAUCAUCACCAUCAUCUCACCGGUGGGGGGUCACUGCUGCUCCACUUUUCUCCUCCACUUCCUCGCAACACCCUCCAGCUCAUUCUCCGUCUCACUCAGCUCGUCAAGCCAGCCUCCAUCUUCCUACAGCUCAGUCCCUCAGCUGGAGUACUCCUGCUGCAGCUUCACCUCCAGCGUCUCUGCCCGACUCUUCUUCAGCUCCUUGUCUUUUGCAGUGAGCGCGGCCAGGCAGUCGAUGGAGGCACGGCACUUGACCAUUUCUCUCAGUGUUGGCUGUGAUCGAGCGUCAUUGGAAAGCCAUCAGUGUGCGUCAGUUCUGUGGAACCUGGGACGUCAUGGAUCUAAUGGAGGAGGGAACGUGAGCUGUGGAGUUAAAAACUGUAGCACGCCAGGCUUCUGGAGAAACUGCUCCAACCAAGACUGGUCGUUGACUGUGAUUCUGGUUUUACUGAUAAUCUUCGGCCUUGUUGGAAACACACUGACUCUUCUGGUGUUUUGGCUUCGCCCAAACAUGAGAAGCUCCACCUACCUCUACCUGAGCAGCAUGGCUGUUAGUGACCUGCUGACUCUGCUGCUGCAGCCUCUGGAUCUUUAUAUGAUCUGGAAAGGCUGGAAGUUAGGAGUCUCCUUCUGUAAGCUGACCCACUUCCUCUCAGUGUUCUGCACCUUCUGCACCAUCCUCCACAUCACCUUUCUCUCCCUGGAGAGGUACCUGGUUGUCUGCUGGCCAAUCACCUCCAAGACGCUGGUGACACGUCGCAGAACCAGGGCUCUGAUUGGCUGCCUCUGGCUGGUAGCGGCUGUCACUGCAGCACCAGUGCCGGUCGUGGUGGUAGUGGAGUACUUUAAGAUAGUGGAUCAUAUGGGAAGAGAGGUUGAUUACGAAGGUUGCGGGGUAUCACAAUCCUCAUUCUCCUCUGGCCUCAUGUUGACCAUAUUAAUUCUCUACAACCUGUAUGUCCUGGUACCCCUGUGCAUCCUGGGACUGGUCUUCAUCCUGAUUGGACGGACUCUGAGGCUCCGUCCACAAAGCAGCCGUAAAGACAAGAGUCACCGACACACAAUCAAGAUGCUGGGAGUGAUCUUCUUGGCCUUCGUCCUGUGCUGGCUGCCUGACAUCGUCAGCCUGACCAUGAUCUAUUGUUCUUUGACAGCCGGUUCUAGCAGUACAGACACGCUGUGCGUAGCCUCGUGCACACACAACGUCGGCCUCACACCGUCUCACUGA